AGCCCGCGUGCAUGAUGGUGGCGCUCCGUCUCGGGCCGUGACGACCGCAGCCUCGGGCCGACACCACCACCGCCGCCGCCAUGCAGGACCCUACCUCCGACAGCAAUGGGGAAGGAUGGGAGGAGGCCGCGGCCAUGCCGCAAAGCGCCAGCGAGACAUUUCUUCGAAGCAUCUUUGAGGAGGUGCAACGCGACCCGCAGCUGACCGUGGUCCCCGUGGACCCGCCGCCCGUGACGGUGGUGGCGGUGGAGCGGUACCUGGCCCCGGCGCAGCCCGGCGGCCCCCGGUACUACUACGACGUGGUCCUGGAGGGCGGCGAAUGCCGGCUGUUCUGCUACCUGGCGCCGCACCUCAACGGCCUGGUGCAGCGUGCCCACCUGCGGCCCGGAGUGCGCCUGCGCGUUAAGCGGUGCACGUACCGCUAUGAGGAGAAGCGCCUCUACUAUGGCUACCCCUGCCUGGAGGAGCUGGAGCUGGAGCUGGGCUGUGGUACCGAGCCUACCCUCGGCGAUGAGGGCCGCGGCGGCCUGAUGCCGCUCUGCGGUGGCGAGGAGUACUACCUGCCGCUAUGGAACAACGAUGAUCCUUACGGGAACAUUUGGGUGGCAGAGAAGCCCGAGACGAUGGUGCACGUUGACGUCUGCAGGCUGAUUUCUCUUGGUCAGCUGGAAAUGAACUGGAAAACCUCAAUGCGCCACCGUCCAGUUCUUGUGAGAAUCCUGCACAAAUCUAGGCUAAGGUACUACGGGAAACCAGAGAAGAGAAAUACGGAUAUUCCUUAUCAGGCUUACUUUGAAGUUGCUGAUGAUUCAGGCAUGAUGUCAAUGGUUUUGUGGAAUUCAUUGUGUCCUGAAUGGUAUAAGAGUAUGAAGGUUGGCACAGUAUUACUUCUUGAGCAGUACGGUGUCAAAAACAGUUACCCAUUUAAAACACAGCCAACCCCAGGAGAUUCACAGAUGAAGAUAUUUUCUUCAAUUGAAAUCUGCCUUAAUAUUCGAGAUCCUCCUACUAAAAUAAAUAUCAUUCCAGAAGAAAUGGUUAAGCCGGAAUGGGGAUUACCUGAAGUUAAAUACCGAUUUAUCACAAGGUCAGAACUGGAUGGCUUACCAAACAAUCAUUCCUGUGAUAUUAUUGGUCUUGUGACAUUCGUAGGAAGGGCUGAACGAGCAAGAAAGAAAGAGCAGAAUGAAGACUUCUGGCUCUAUCGUUGGGCACAUGCCAUUGAUGGGACCUCAGACCAACCGUUCAUACUGGAAUUAUUUGCAACUUCUCAACCAGAAAUGUUUGAGCGUAUUUGCCCAAUGACAUUUUUGGUGUGUACACAGAUGAGAGUGGUACGGGACCUCAGUGAGAAUCCUUCCAGCACUGUUUACCUUACAACUUCAAAUGAAAGUCAAAUAUUCGUUACAGGGGGGCACAGCAACCAGCCAUACACCAGGGAUACCAAAGUAAGAAGCUUCCUUCACUGGACUAGGACACAAAACGAAGUUGAUCAAAUGGAGAAAACUGUCAUUGGUGGCUAUUAUCCUUUUCCACGACCUCCAAAUAGCUUUUUGAAAUACUGUAAACACAAUAAAGUUGAAUCUGUUUUGAAAGCUAUAGAUGAAACAGGGAAAGAGAUUCAAGACUUGCAAUACAGAGAACACAAGAGCAUCGCUGUUCAGGGAAUACUUAGUGCCAUAAGAUACAUCAGCUAUAGCAGUAUGGCUGAAAAAGCCUCAGAAGUGGAACUUCCUCAGAAAGAUGAUUCUCAGUCCCCUGAAAGUUCUGCUUCAUCCCAAGAAGACUCUAUUCACAAGGAAAGAGGCACCAACCUUCAGAAUAGAGAAGUUCUGUCUUAUCUGGGCUCACAGUACACUCCUGGUGAAAAACAUCGUCACCAAGCUCUCUUACAAAAGAGUUCAGUCAAGAGAAAGAUGCCAUGCAGGAGAAGUAAAUCCGUUACGCCUGUAUCAUCUCACCACUAUUUCACACGAUUUGCAAGAAGAAAACUUGGGUUGGAUGAGUUUCAAUAUGAAGAUACUGUGCAAGAUACAAAUAGGCAGACUCCGUUAGACAGCUCACAGCUCUCCAUAGGCGAAGAAGGAAUGAGUGAUAUACUUGAAACUGAAGAGCCUGAAAGAGCUUUUGGUUUGUGGCAGAGUGACCUAUGGGCACAAAUGAAACACAAGAUAAUGAAGUAUUUGCAUUACAGCAGAGUUUUCCCAGAAAGCAUCCCAUGUAAAUUUGAUUAUGUGCACAAAGAUUGGCUUAUGCGACUGUACAACCUUCAUGCAGCAGUGUACCAGUCAGAAAAAAACAGUACACAUAAAACUAUCAGCGACUUUAAAAGUGCUAGUGGCCUUGGGUAUUAUGAAGUGACAGUCAUGGGUUUAAACCAUGAUGUAGCAAUAGAUGUUGCGUUUCUUCCACUGUUUUCUCCUGAAGAUCCUCACUUCUUUCAACUAGAAGACACUCAAAAUGAUAACUUACUGUCUUGUAUGAGUUGCAUCUCUGAAAGUCAGCGGCCAACCAGUAGCAGUGGAAGACCUCGUGACACGUUUCCACUUUCAGAUGAAAUUGUAAAAGCAGCGAUGGAUCUAGAUGGCAAACAUGUUGUCUGCAUCCUGGACAUCUGUCACUUGGGCGGUGAUAAGGUGGAAGUCUUUCUAAACAAAAUCUACAAGACAGCGGAACCCGGUGUAUACAGUGGACAGUGAAGAGUGGAUGCAGUGUAAUGUAAUAAGUUCUUUUUCAAAUUUAUGUUGCUCAAAAAGAGGGAAAUAAAAUUGCUGUAACUUGAAUACACCCUCUAUAUAUUGCACUUCUGGAACUAGCAGACACAAAUGUAAAAUUAUGUUCUUUACAGCAGCUGUAAUGGACAUCUAUGUAGCUGAGAAGGGGAACUGUUGUUUUUGUUUACAGUUUUGAAACAGAUUACACAAUGUCUUGGUCACUUAUGUUCAAGAGGGUGAAUGAACAAUACAGUGAACUUAUCUUUUGAUAGGAUGCCAUGAUACGGUAUGAUUGCCAUCUCUCUUUCUCUGCCUGUGCACACACAUACACAGGAAAUGUAUGUAUCAGGUUGAGAACUGAAAAGAGGGGCAGGCCUUCCCAGUAUUAAAGGCAAUGUUUGCAAAAUAAUGAACAGGCUGUGAUAAAAAUUCAGGCUGGAAAUUAGAGUCCUGUUGAGGAUUAACUGUUAUGUUCUGUAAUCACCUUUUAGUGGCAGUCUUGAAGCUUACUGUGUUUUGAGAAAGUGAUUAAAUACCAUGGUGCCUUCAGUACUUGGAUCAGGGCUUUUGGUGAUCCAAAAACCAUUUUCAGUUCUUCUUAACUGAACAAGGUCCACUGCUGGUUUUCUAUAUGGCUGCUUUUGUACAAAUGUUUUUGGGUAGUAAGUUUAGAAACCCAAAGUUAUUUAUUAAUUAAAAAAAUGUUAAAACUUUAAAAAAAAAGAAACUUUAGUGGAAGAUCUUCUAGCUUUGCAAGCGCAAAACUGACUUUAAGGAGCGCUUAGCAUGGCAGGAUCCUGUUUGUUGCACCGUUAGGGAUUUUCUGUUGGUCAGUACUAUCAUCUUUGUUUGUAGGAAUAGCUGUAUUCUGAACACAUGAAGGAGCUCAGCAGCUGUGAGAAGCUGCCACUGCUGCAAGAGUGAAAGGCUCUGUAUUCUGCCAACUUUUUGGCUGUAUGCUAAGUAGCAGCUGGCUCCUGCUGAGUUCAAAACCCAAGUUCCCCCUUUUCCUCCCAUGUGAAACAGCAUCUAAUCAUUUAUACAACUGAAGACCUUAAGCAGGAGCUAAAGCACACUGCUGUUUGACAACUUGUCCAUGUGAAAUGCUGGUCUCAGUUCCAUUCUUUGAGAAGAAAUGAUUGCAUUAUGGAAGCUUGACAGUUAAAUGUUACCAUUAUUGACCAAACCCCACAGUGUUGAUUUAUAGGAGCAGAUUUAUUAUUAUGUGGGAAACUUCUAGGCAUGUGUUAGCAGCCUGUUGGUAAUUGAGGAAUAUCUCUUACAAGUAGUUUACUUGUUUGCCCUGGGGACAGUGGACUUUGUCUUCAGGUACUUAAAUUCUGUACUCUGACUUCAGUUAAUGGUAAUUGAAGGAGAAGCAUUUCUGCUUAUUAUAGUACAAAUUCAUAUCUUCAGAUAAGAACAGAGAGUCAUAACAUUCUAAAGAAAUAUAUGAAGUUAUCGUCUCUCUGUUGUGGUUGACAGUUUAAAAAUGUGUUGACAGGAAACGUUUGAGUUUUCCAGGUUCUGAAAGUUAAAUGUGACUACGUAUAAAUGUUUGUAUUUUGUAUUGAUCAUACAGUAUUAGUUCUAGAGCAAUGUUCAUCAACCUGUGCCUUUCAGAUUACCUUGUAACCUUGCCACAGAAGGCAAAGUUAAAAUACAGCAACACAAGAAGAGUCGGGUGCAUGGUGCUUGCAUUACAUGACAGUGGUUUUUUGUGUCUUGGGGUACGUGGCAAUUAGACGCCAUUGCUGUAGAGUGAGAGGGAUUAGCACCAGCACCUUGUGUACCAAACUGAGCCAAGCUGACUGUGUCAGCAAGUUUUGUUUAGAUAUACUUCAGGUUGAAGUUUAUUUUCUAGAAGCAGUUGUUAUAAUGUUUAUCUUUGUAUGAAAAGGACAGAUGUGGCUGGCACUGUCACAGAGUGCCCCUUCAUUCUCUUGUCUUAGCCACUCCGCCCUAUGCAGUAGAAAUACACCAAAGGUUGUUUGCCACCCGGCACUGUUUACUACACUUUAAACAUACAGCAUUAAUCGUUUCGUCCUACAUGUUAGGGCUUCCUGACUCUACAAGAAAUACCAGGAUGUUGUGGAGUGUGUGUAAUGCACAGAGAAGACUUUCAAGAAUAUCAUUUUGUUUUAUGGAAGUGUUAUUUGAAAUUUUUCACAGCAAAAUCUGGGAAGGAGAGAGAUUCAAUUUUGCAGAAUGGAAUGCCAAUGUUAAAUACACAGGCUCUCUGUGUCUAGCUAGAGAAUAUUCAGUGCCUGUAGUAGACCCAGAAUUUCAAUACUCUGGGUCAUUCUACAGCAGCACAUACCCCAUCCCUGAAGUUACACUGAACUUACUAUUCCAAGUUCAGUUUCUGAGGCCUUGUAGUGUUUAAUAUAUGGCUCCACCACUCUGUCUCCCUCCUCCCUGCCAAAUCAGCACUGGGGCAAAGGUCCCAUGUGCAAAGAAAGUACUUGCUGUUUUAUUUCAGGUGGUGUUUAUUGACACAGAGACAAAAUCAAAGUAUUUUUCAUGCUGGGUCUGUCAAAGCAUGUUGAUUUUGUUGUGUUAAGCCAAGGUACAGAUUCUUACUCCUGCAGAAUGCCAUAGGAGUCAUCCUUCUUGCUGUGUAUUGCCACUGCCGAGGUUAAAAUACAAGAGCACAUUCUCUAACUGUAGAAUUCAUACCAAACCAAAGAACUGUACCUUAGAAUCUUAAGUUUGCAUAUUUCUUAUGUUUCCAGCACUAAUUUCAAGGAAAAACAGGGGAAGGUAAACUCUGUAGCUGUUGGUACUGUUGUGUGUAUGAAACUUUCUAAGUCUUAGAGGUAAGAUCGUUCUUGAGUUAAUGUGAUGUAGAAUUAGUGCAAUGUUGAAAAG